CAGGAUCGCAACUGUCACGAGAGCAGCCAAGACCAACCGGCGGUUUUCAGCAAACACCUCCAUCUAAUCAUUCUUAGCAACAAAUCACCACUCCUUGCGUAUAUAUACCAAUUUUUUAUCUUCGGUACCAACAGAAAUAACCGAGACGCCGCAACAGAAUCCAGACUUUGAGAUAAGGACAGGCAAUCCGGCGUUCCAUAAGUUGAAAUAGAGGCCAUAAAGGACUGUCUACAUACUCCGAUCCUUGCGAAGAAAUAACCCCUUCUUGGAGCAUUAAAGAGAUCCAAGCUUACAUUCACUUGCUUGCACAUAGGUUGAACACACCAAAGUUCCACCCCUCGCGGAAGCUACACAGAGUUACAGACAUCACACCCAUCAUUACGAAGCAUCACCACGAUAUAUCCGAACUCGGCUCUCAAGCACCAAACAUAAAUCCCUAGAACAUAACUUUGAAAAGUAUUGCCAUGUCCUCAGUGUACUGCCUCAUAUCCAGUGGCGACCUUCACCUCUUACCUGCGUCCGCAACGGAGCACGCGCAGCUCACUGCGCGCGACGCACUCCCGUUUUAUGCACCAGCUGCGCUCGGCGACCCGUCACAGCGGGCUGCGCUGGAGCCGCCACUCUCGAGCGCGUCUGAGUCUACGAUCAACCACAUUCUUGACGAGUAUUCCGCGCGAUCCGUGUACCUCCCGCUGGCGCUGGUGGCGCUCACUGCCGAUGCCGAGAGUGCCCAGUCGCAGCAGCAAAUCCGCGACAUGAUCGUGGAGGUGUUCCCCGAGUGGGACGCAUCCCAAAUCUCCGUCGCCAGACUCACAGGCGGAAUCACCAACAUGUUGUUGCAAUGUACGUACCAGCAGGGCACCCCCGCCGAAAAGACGGUGCUUGUGAGAACGUAUGGUAAGGGCACGGACGUGAUCAUCGACCGCGACCGCGAGUUCAUCUCGCACCUUGUUUUGAACUCGCUUGGGCUCGCACCACCUGUGCACGCCCGCUUUGCCAACGGUUUGGUGUACGGUUUCUUGCCCGGCCGCUCAUUGAGCCCUGAGGAGUUGGCCUACCCGUCGAUCUACCCGUAUAUUGCCCAGACUUUAGGCCAUUGGCACCGCAAGAUUCACGGUAAGCACAUCGAGCAGGGCAUCCGCAAGUUGAAGGAGUACAACCACAUGCAGGCGAUGGCCGGCUCGUUGCAACGUCACGCACUCACGAACGCAGCGCCCAAGAAGCCGUUGUGCCUGAGCCUCUGGCAGCUCAUCGAACAGUGGAUCGAAAUCAUCCCCCAAAUCCCCCAGGUAGUGGAGUCCUUUGAGGAAAACCGUGAUCUUGCGCAGGACCAAGCCCACGGCAUCGAUGUACAGCGCAUCUUGCAGCAGGAGUUGGCCUGGCUCUUGGACAAGGUCGGCAGCGAGUCCUUCUCGCGCACUGUGCUGUCGCACUGCGACUUGUUGAGCGGAAACGUGAUCAUGUUGCCCGAGGGAACGGUCUCCGCCACGGAGGAGGCGUCCAUCUCGACCAUCGACCAGAACCCCGUCCGUUUUAUUGACUAUGAGUACAUGCUCCCGUCUCCGCGCGGUUUCGACAUUGCCAAUCACUUUGCCGAAUGGCAGGGUUUUGACUGCGACAAGUCCAAGAUCCCGCAGCCAUCGCCGCAGAACCCCGUCAUGCGCAAAUGGGCCGAAGCAUAUUUAUCCACCAGCCCCAACGUCACCCCGGCCAACUUGGAGCGCAAGGUCGACCGCUUGAUUGAGGAGAUUCACGGUUUCUACGGCAUGCCUGGCUUCUACUGGGGGAUCUGGGCCGCUAUCCAGUCCGAAAUCUCCAUUAUUGACUUCGACUACGCUGGGUACUCCAAGUUGCGCUUGAACGAGUACUGGGAGUGGAAGCGUGGGUACCAGGACUAGGUCCGAGGGAGGGCUGUGUCUAGACUUGUACUUUAACCUGAUAUUAGUAGUUUGAUGUAGGUUUGCGAGGGAAUUUAGAUUGGAGCUUAGACGGUCAUGCUCGUGUAGGCUACAAGUAGUUUCUGGUUAUAAAUGAUACAGGCCUAGUUGGACAAGCCAUAGGAUUUAAGGCUCAAUCUAGAACAAUGUUAG